UGCUCAUAGCCAAGUCGGAUUAUUAAUAUAAUUAAAACGCUCCAUUAAUUUUAAUUUCGCCACGUUUCUACAAAGGUUUUAUUGAAUUUAAUACAAGAAAAUGGAUGUUUUAACACUUUUCGACUAUGGAUUAGAAAAGGAAUUGGUGUUGCUGAAACAAAUCGCCGAUUAUACUACGGCCGAUAUUAAAAAACAUAGCAAAACUUUAGAGCAGGUCGAAUUAGCUGCAGUUAUCGGGUUGUUACAUGCUCAUGUGAACCGAUUACCAAGCCCUGGGGGAAGUUUGACAUGUCAUGAUAGAAUCCUGCUUUGUAAUUUACGGAAUAUAAUGGAUGGGUUUUCGGUAGUAUUUAAACAAAGAAUGGUUCAAAUAUUUUCUAAAUAUGAGUACCUUGUGAAAAUUAAAGACAUUCAUAAAGAAAAAAGUAUAAUCCCUCGACCAGUAUCUUUUUCCGGAAAAAAGCAUAAGAAGACAAUAAAAGAAACCAAAAAGCAAUGGAAUGUAGAUGAAACUCCUAAAGUCAGCUUAAAGGAUGAUGUUUUACUAAAAGCGCCAAAGGAUAAAAGUUUCUACAUGCAAGAAGUUGAUUUUGAUGGGGCUAAGCAGUAUCUCAAUGAACUACUGGAAAUAUCACAUAGGAACUCGUCAAUACGAUUAGAUAAAAUACGUGAAACGCCUCAAAUACAUGAAGUUCCUAAAAUAAGUGAGCCACACUUUCAAGAGUCGCACAUUCAAAAUGUGCAAACUUUACAUGAUAUGACAGUAGGAGACAUUUCUAAAUUGAUUCCGGAGAGAAAAAUGAAAACUAUAUCGUACAAUUUAAGUGGCAUAGUAGAAAUACAGGCGGAUAAGAGUAGAAAAAAAAGUGUUGACAUUUAUAAGAACAUUUAUCGGGUAAAUACAAAGUUUGAUAAAAAUUUUCUUACAAGACCAGCAGAAUUAAUGGAUCCAGUUGUUGUCUACUGUGAUGUCAACAAAGAAGAUAAUAUGAUGAGCUUGGUUGCUAAUGAAACAUCAAUUGAUUUUAACUUCUUAACUGAUAAUGACGAACUUAUUGAUAUUGUUCAAUAUUCUCAUCCAAGGGGUAUGGAUUUUGAAGAAGAAUCCUCAAAUGUUCAAUUAGAUGGUGCUUAUCUUAUGGAAAGCACUGUUGAAGAUCUGACAGUAAAGGAAAAGGAGAAUGUGAUCAGACCCAUACCGGCAAUUUCACCUUGUUUGCUAACACCAAACAUUGUCAUUGAGGAAACUCACAGCGAAAUGACUGAUAUGGUAAUGCUACAAGAAAGGUUAGAAGUGCUGUUAAUAAAAAAGAAUGGCAAUGUUACAUUCAGUGAGAUCUGCCCUCCAGACAAAACAUCAAAAUUAAUUGCUGCAAAAACAUUCAAAAAUUUAAUGGUCUUGUGGAGUAAAAAUGCAAUUUGCUUGCGUCAAGAGGGUAGCGAACCACAUGAGAUUUUUAUUACAAGCCAAUAAGGCUUAUCACCAAAAUAGUAGCAGUAAUGACAAAAAUUCUGCAUUUUAUUAUUUUUAUUU